AAAAUAAAUAAAAUUUUUGUCAGAAUUCAAUUUGAAAAGUAUUUGGAAUCGUUUCUAUAUAUUUUAAAAACAAAUCGCACCGUAUGCAGCUGAAUAUUGUUUAAUAUAGAAAAGUGAUUACUUAAAUAAAUGGCGCUACAAAACUUUCGCAGCGUUGAAGAGAUUCCUCAACAUUUUAGAAAAAUAUUUUCCCAAUAUGUACAUUUUAAUUUUGUACAGUCGGAAGUUUUAGACGACAUUAUAUAUUCCGAUGAUUCCAUCGUUGUUUCUUCGCCUACAGGUUCGGGAAAAACAACGAUUUUUGAGUUAGCAAUAGUUAGGUUGUUAAUGCAAAAUGAAAAUGAUACUUUAGGAUUUAAAAUAGUUUACAUAUCUCCCAUAAAGUCCCUUUGUCAGGAACGGCUCGUAGAUUGGAACAACAAAUUUUCUCGGUAUGGUAUCAAUUGUAUCUGUGUAACGGGAGAUUCUGAAAACGUCGACUUCCGUAACUUAGUUCACCACAACUUGAUCAUUUCUACGCCAGAAAAAUGGGACAGUUUGACCAGAAAAUGGAAGGACAACGAGAAUAUGGUUAGAAUAGUGAAAUUGUUUAUGAUAGAUGAAGUUCAUUUACUGAAUGAGGAAGAUCGCGGAUCAACAUUAGAGGUUAUUGUCACUAGAAUGAAGACAGUGCAGAAUUCUAUAUCAAUUAAUGAUAUUGAAAACUGUAAAAUAAGAUUUAUCGCCGUUUCUGCAACGAUUGGUAACGUUGAGGACAUCGCAGAAUGGAUAGGAAGCACUAAAUAUUUUCGAUUUCCAGAUGAGAUACGACCCGUACAUUUGAAUAAAAUCAUUCUCGGUUUCAACUCACACCAAAAUAACCACUUUAAGUUUGAUCUUUCAUUAAACUAUCGAUUGCAAUCACUACUGAUACAAUAUUCCGAAGGAAAACCGGCUCUAAUUUUCUGUAGUACGAGAAAAAGCGUGGAGAUGACAGCCAAACAUUUACUACAGACUCUCAAUAUCAAGUUGGAUUUCAGUCAGAUAGAGAAGUUACAACAACUUUCCCAGACGAUUUCUGAUUUAAAGAUCAAAGAAAUGAUAAAAAACGGUAUUGGAGUCCAUCAUGCAGGAAUGGAUCCACGCACCAGACACAUAGUCGAAGAAAUCUUCCGCGGAGGCGAUUUGCCUAUCAUGAUCGCCACCAGCACUUUAGCCAUGGGCGUCAACCUUCCCGCACACUUGGUAAUCAUUAAGUCGACCAAAUGUUAUACCAAUAGAGGUUUCCAAGACUAUAGCGCCACUGCCAUUCACCAGAUGAUCGGAAGGGCUGGAAGACCUCAGUUUGACACCAGCGCCACAGCUUUAAUUUUAACAACGAAUGAUGACAAGGAUAAGAUCGAAAAAAUGUUGAGCUCUACCGAACCGAUAGAAUCGAACCUACACAGACAUCUCACUGAGCAUCUAAACGCAGAGGUAGUCUUGGGCACUAUCACAGGCUUGGACGUGGCGUUGCAAUGGCUGGCUUCCACCUUUCUUUAUAUAAGGGCGCGGGCGAAUCCGCGACACUACGGAUUGUCGCUCAACUACACGAAAGAUCAAUUGGACCGAAAAUUAUUAGAAAUGUUCCAAAUAGAUUUAAACAAACUGGUACGUGCAGGGAUGAUUAUUAUGGACGAAAACAUCAACGUGGCUCCAACAAUGACGGGCAGUUUAAUGGCGAGAUAUUAUGUCGAUUUCGAAACUAUGAAGAUGUUCACUCAGAUAUCGGGUAACGAAGCUUUUAUACAAAUCCUGACUAUGAUAUCUAAAUGCGAAGAGUUCGCCGAUAUGCGGUUAAGAGUAAACGACAAGAAAACUUUGAACUUGUUAAAUAAAAAUGCCAAAAAGCAGACCAUCCGGUUUCCUUUGAACGGAAAAAUCAAAACUUGGGACAUGAAAGUCAACUGCAUCAUUCAAGCGGUGUUGGGAAACUUAGAAAUCACAGACGUGAAUAUUCAAACAGAAUCGUAUCAGAUUCUACGAAGUGCACAGCGUAUUAUAAAGUGUUUAAUAGAUUAUAUAUUGAUGCGGAAGGAUAAUUGCUACAUGGCUCUGCUCAAUGCCAUAAUAUUCGGAAAAUGCCUGACAGCCAAAUUGUGGGAAAAUUCUCCGUUUAUCAGUAAGCAGCUUACCGGAAUCGGUAGUACUUUUGCUACCCAACUAGCGAACGCCGGGAAAGAUACUUUUGGAAAGAUUCUGGAAUCUAGCGCACGUGAUUUGGAGCUGAUUAUAAAAAGGAAGCCACCUUUUGGUAACUAUCUCAUCGAAGAAGUGAAACAUUUGCCUAUUUUUAUGAUGAGCCUGGAACCAAACGAUUACGGUUUACAAUUGACUAUAGAUUUAAUAAACGUCGACGAUCUUCGCCAAAAAUCGACAAUGAACACUUCGUCCGUGUUCAAUUUGCUAGUGGGCAAUAACUUGAAUCAAAUCCUGGUCCACAAAAAGUAUCAGCUUUCUAAUAUAAUAAAUGAUAUACGAAUAGUCAAAACCCUUAGCGUACUAGAACCUGGAGUGGAGUUUAUUCAAGCUCACUUUAUAAACGAGGAUUGGGUGGGCGUAGAUUGCAGCUGCGAAGUAGUUGUGUCUAAUGUAAAUGGAAAUGAACUAGAACUCGAACCGACACCCUCAAAACCCCAUCAGCUCUCCUAUAAACAAACGUUUUUAGAUGUCUACAUGAAAAGUAAAAAGCCUAUCAAAGAAAAAGUUUCUAAGAAAAUAGAACAAAUCAAUUCCAAGACGUUGAUUCCUCAAAACAUCGUUAUAACUACCGAAAUUCCUACCGAAGAAGUUCACGAAUCAUCAACACAAGAAAAUAAGUUUGUGAAUGUAGUCCAAGACGAUGAAGCGAUAUACGACAAUUCGACCGAUAGAAACGAGGAAAUAAGUCAAGUGUCCAAAUCCAAACCAGAGCUUACCAUAUUCGAUUUGUAUGACUUACCAGAGGAAAAUAUGACAAAAAAAUCAGUUCAGUCUAUUAACGAAGAAGAAACUGCACAGAAUUUGUAUGAAGGGAUUGAAAAAACCGAUCAAAACUUGCCCGAUUCUAGUGAUAAUUUGCAAAACAAUCAAGAGAGUCUGCGGGAAAUUUUUAAAUCGGAAGAGUUUUUAUUUUCCGAUGCGGAAUUGCGGGAGUACGAGGAAUUUUUUGGUGGCAGUAAAACGACAAAAAAGAUGAUGGAUUCGGAAAGGAGUGGGAGUGUAACCGAAAGGGAAAGUGACGUGGAAACAGAAACUAUUUGUAAGGACCGAUUUACAGAAGACCAAUACUUAAAUGUCGAAGACACAACCAAUGGGGAGGAAUCGAAGGAGCCCACUGAUUCAGGAGUUAAUUUAUCCGCUCCAGACACUACAAUCGUUGAAAACAACCCCGAAACUGACGACGCUAACAAUAAACAAUUUGAUGGCAACAGCUUAACGAGCGGCCAUUCCUUGUUCUUUUCACUUUCGCAUAAAUAUUUAACAGACGAGGCCAUAGAGGAGACGACUACCAGUGCUAAAUCAGCGUGUAGCGCGAAAAAUGUUAUUUUAAGAAAUAUACUGAACCCCAGGGAAGAAAGCGAAAGAAACAUUCCGAUAUUCAUCCUGCCGAAGAAUUGGAAGACCAACUAACGAUGGUAAGAGAGAGGAAUCAGAGAAAAGAAACCAUUUCAGUGCAUUUAGGAAACCUCAAAAGACGAAGAUGACCCAUAACCGCAGCUUUCCGGACUCUACAGUCCACAGUCAUCCUUCCAUGAGUCCAAUAUUUGAUCCAGAAGAUAACCAAUAUGCUCUUGAUACUGAAUAUUAUUCAAAUAAUCAGAAAAACGUGAAGUGGAAGUCGCCACUGGUGUUUUCGCCUGGUAUUAAGUUUUCUCCUAACAAUAGUUUUUUUAAUAGUUCGAAGGAAAAUGUGGAGAAUGAUUGCCAUAACUACUCUUUCGAUACAAACACAACGAGUUCGCCUAGAGCUCCGAGAAAACAACCUAGUAAAGUCCAAAGAACUCCGAAACUUUCAAAAAGAAACAGUUCCAAACAAGCUUCGAUCAACUCCAAUCAGUUUCCUUUGAGCGACAAGGACUACGAACGUUCGCAGGAGUUUAGAAAGUCCAAGGAGAUAGAUAAUAUCGAAAAAUUCUCGAAUAUUUGUUCCACGCAGCUCUUAGACGGGUUUAAAACAAAAAGUACAACAGGUACACCAAAGAUUUUACCUCAUAGUGCUCCUAAUAAUGCUGUGGAUUAUUAUUCGCAAUUGAUGCCUCUUAGUAAUAGAAGAAAAGCCAGACAGACGCCAAAGAGAGAGCGAAAUAGUUCACCAGAAGAUGAAAACAAGGAAAAUGUGGAAAACAUCGACAAUUUGGAAAGCGAAUCGAUUCCAUCCGUUAAGGAAACUUCAAAAUUAGAUCUAAACAGUUCUAGAGCUAUAUUUAAUUCUCAACAUGAGGACGAUUUAAGUGAAGACGAUCUAGACGUAAGCAUUCCUCAUCUAAGCAACAAAUAUCUUCCCCAUAACAUUUCCAACGAAUUUAAUCCGCGAUCACAAGAGUAUAUCGAUUCUAAGAUACGAAACAACUACCCCUUCUAUCCGGACGACUUCCCUCGCAGGCAUGAAGUGGUUGCACCAGAUGGGUACUACGGUUACGACUCAGUGCCUUACCGAAACCCCUACAGACCGCCCAGACUGAUGACCCAACCCGUACACUGCUCCCGUUACGUAGACUACGGUCAACCAGGAAAGACCUAUCGAACAGGAAUGCCUAUGAAGAGUUAUUCCCAGCAAGGUUAUGCCCAGCGUGAUAUGAUGCCUGUGUCGCUUAGUCAACAGUACGUCAGCGUGGAUCCUUGCUGCGGAAAUAUGUACCAGACUGAAAUGGCUCAACCGAUGGCCCCUUUGCAAAGAACUGCCAGUUCAGAAGAAUACGCAGAAUCUAGACCGUUUCCCCUCCAAAACAUAACAAACACCAACCUCACAACUCCAUCGUCAAGAAAAAUAUACAGAGACAACGAAGUACCCAACAGCGACCUUAACAGUUCUUUUAGAAUCCAAAACACUCCUUAUCCUCGUUACCACAACCAAAAUAUUCCUGUAGCUUACCCACAGAUACAUAGUCCCGAGUAUUCGGGAUACUUUCCUAGAAUGGAACAAGCUGUACCUUACGGAUAUGCUCCAGAAGUUCAUGCAUACCAUAACGUGACACCUGUGGAUAAGGAAUACUUAAUGAAUAAAUACUGGGGGUCGUUUAAUAGCCAUGAAUAAUUUUCUAUGUGAUUGGCGAGCAAAACUUUAGUUCCUUAAAAAUCUAGUAUUAAGCAAAUUAUUGUUUUCAUUAAAUGAUGUUAAGUUUUAAGAGUUUAAAUCUUUAAGUUUCGUUCAAAGAAAUUAUUUAUUUACGUUACCAACCUUAAGUACAAAUAAAUUCGUUUUGUAGGUGAUUGGCGAGCAGCACUUUAGUUUAAUAAAAAGUAUUAAGCA